AUGGCUAUAACAGUUUCUAUGCCUAAACGCAUGGGUUGCUACACCUUGUUCUUGAACAUCUCUUUCCUUAUGGGGAUUUGUGCUUUCAUGAUUGUUCAUUUUCACUCUCAUGAAGCUUUGGUUAUGAGCAACAACUCUUCCUCUGAUGACAAUGAUGAGGAUGAUUGCAAGAGCUUACACCACAUGGGUGACUACAAAGCCAAGUGCAUGUACCUGAGAUCCAAUGACCCAUGUGACUCUCAGGGCUAUAUUGAUUACCUUUACCUUUUCUAUUGCAAAUUUGGGAGAUUCCCUCUAUUGGGUCAUAGUCUCUUGUUUCUUUGGCUCCUAGUUCUACUUUAUCUGUUGGCUAACACAACUUCUGAGUAUUUUUGUUCUUCCCUUGAAAACCUGUCCAAGUUACUGAGAUUGUCCCCUACAAUUGCUGGAGUCACCCUCCUCUCUCUUGGCAAUGGUGCCUGUGAUGUUUUCUCAAGCCUUGUCUCUUUCCAGGGAAGUGGGACCCAAAGCAUUGGUUAUAACACAGUACUUGGGGGUGUUUCUUUUGUGACCUGUGUUGUGGUGGGGAUAGUGAGCAUUUCAAUACGUCACAGGAGGGUUCAAGUCAUAAAGUCUGCUUUCGUAAGAGAUGUUUGUUUUCUCCUUUUGGUUCUUCUUUGCUUGUUUAUUAUUUUUGUCACUGGUGAGAUCAAUGUUUUUGGAGCAAUUGGUUUUACUUUGAUGUAUGUGGUGUAUGUAAUUGUUGUUUAUCUCUCGUCUACCCGAUGGAAGGAGGGUUAUGGUGGUGAUGUUGAAAGGAAUGUUAAUAAUAUUUCAAGUUAUGGCAAUGACUUGAGUUUGAGUGUGCCUCUUCUCAGUGGUAUGAAGAAAGGACCGAUUGAUUGUGUUGAAAAUGGUGGUCAAGAAUAUGAUUUGAAUAUCAAUAACAAUUGCUGCUUGAUGAGAUCUUCGAUAUGUCGAAUGUCACUUUAUGUGCUGAAUUUGCCACUUUACUUGCCUAGGAGAUUGACAAUUCCUGUUGUUUGUGAAGAGAGGUGGUCAAAGCCUUAUGCAGUUUGCUCAGUGAUACUAGCACCACUUCUCAUGUCUGUUAUAUGGACCACUAACAAGGAAAAAAGUUUCUUCAGCAGCACAAACCUAAUUGUUUAUGGAAUUGGACUCUUGGUUGGAGUUACAUUUGGUGUAACUGCAUAUUUUACAACAGAAAUGUCAAUGCCACCAAAGAAGUGCUUAUUUCCUUGGCUUGCAGGAGGGUUUAUAAUGAGUGUUACUUGGAGCUACAUUUUAGCUCAGGAGUUGGUGGGGUUGCUGAUAUCAAUUGGCUACAUUAGUGGAAUAAGUCCUUCAAUAUUGGGAUUAACAGUUCUUGCUUGGGGGAAUUCAAUUGGUGAUUUGAUGACAAAUUUAACAAUGGCUUUAAAUGGUGGACCUGAGGGUGCUCAAAUAGCAAUAUCAGGUUGUUAUGCUGGCCCUAUCUUUAAUACUGUAGUUGGAUUAGGCUUGUCUCUUGUAACUUGUACAUGGUCAGAGUACCCACAACCUGUUGUGAUUCCUAGAGAUCCAUAUCUCUGGGAAACAUUGGCAUUUUUGGUGGUGGGAUUAGUUUGGGCACUUGUGGUUUUGAUAAGAAGAGAUAUGAAGCUUAAUGGACUCUUAGGAGGAGGGCUUUUAGUUGUUUACUUCAUUUCUCUGUUUCUGAGGCUGAUUCAGACACAAAGGUCUCUCCAAUUUUAUGAUUUUUUAGGCUUAAAUUCUUAGCAAAAUAUCAAAGUUAUGAUUUCUACAUCAAAUUUGUAUCUGUACU